GAGAUAAAACAAAACAAAACAAAGUAUUUUGCUUCUGUUUUUUGCUAUGGAUUCUGAUCCAAGUCCUAUGGAGAUCGACACAGUUUAUAGAGAUAAUAACAACAAUUUAGAAUUCGGUAUGCGCAUGGCAAGGCAUAUAAUUCUCAAAGAAAUCCAUACUGGCCGCCAAGAAAAUAUAGUUUUAUCUCCAAUGUCACUGCAUGCUAUGCUGAACAUGGUUGCUUCCGGCGCUAAGGGACGAACAUUGAAGCAGCUGCUUAGCUUUCUUGAAUCUGAAAACAUAACUCGGCUCAAUGCUCAAUCUUCUCGAAUUAUGGAUCUGGAAGCUACUAGUCCAGAUUUUCUUGACUCUGAAAAAACACUUGCAGAACCUAACCGGGGAGACGAUAAGAGAAAUGAAGGACCGAUCGUUUGUUUUGUGAAUGGGAUUUGGGUGGAUCGGGUGUUCACCAUUAAGCCUUCUUUCAAAAGUUUAGCUCAAGAUGUUUACAAGGCCAAAGCCGAAUCCGUUGACUUUGUGAACCAGGCUGAGCAAGUAAGAGAAGAAGUGAAUUUGUGGGCCAAAAAAGCUACCAAAGGGCUAAUUGUUGAUCUUCUUCCGCAUGGAUUCUUUAAUAGUAAUACAAUACUUGCACUUGCAAAUGCAUUAUAUUUCAAAGGAACUUGGGUGCAUCCAUUUGAUACCUCAAGAACUCGAAAUGAAGAUUUUCAUCUCCUCGACGGAAAAACAAUUAAAGUUCCAUUCAUGAGGAUGAAUUAUUUCAACAUUCUUCAUUUUUACGGAUCAUUUGACGGAUUCAAGCUUCUCAAACUGCACUACAAUAAAGGCAAAGAUAACAAUAAGCAAUACUCAAUGUUUAUCUUUCUUCCUGAUGAAAAAGUUGGACUCCAAGAAUUAAUGCAAAAAUUCAAUUCUGAUCCGAGUUUUCUACGUGAAAAUUGGGAUCUUCAACAAGUGGAACUUUCUGACAUGAGGAUUCCAAAGUUUAAAAUUUCAUAUGAUUUUGAUGUUGUAGAAAUCAUGAAAAAACUAGGACUUGAUUUGAUAUUUGUGGACACCGGAGACCUGUCGGAAAUAGUUGAUUCUUCAGGUUAUAUAUCUGAUGCAAUUCACAAAGCUUAUAUUGAAGUUGACGAAGAAGGCACAGUUGCAGCUGCUGUUACUGUCAUGGCUAUGGCUCAACAAGCUCGAUAUCCUCCUCCGCCGAGUUUUGUUGCAGAUCAUCCUUUCAUGUUCGUCAUUAGAGAAGAGAUGUCGAGAAUUGUUCUUUUCACCGGAGCUGUUCUCAAUCCUCUUUAGCAACGUUUAAUGAUCUCUUGUUGUCUCGUAUUUUUUUCCGUUGGAUUUUGUUCAUCAAAAUUGUGACUUAUAAAAUUCAAUCGUUUCACAUGAAUAUGUUGCACGAAAACACAAUAUAUUUAUAAAAUUCAAUUCUUUCACAUGAA